UUAUCAUAUCAGUCGAGAAUAAGGCUUUCCGACUGACUGCCUUUCGGAACUUUGGCAAUUUCAUUUGUGUUUUUUUAAAUAAUUCAUCCAAGAGUCAGAAAAUUAAAAUGGCCGGUUCAAAAGAAAACCUUUUACUUUUCUUCGACCGCCCCACGGAGCCAUGCUUCAUGCAAAAGGGGGAGGAAAGGUCUACUUUCCAGAUACCUGACAAUUUCUACCCAGAUAAGUACAAGGCACUUAGCAAUACCUUGGCCAAUCGCUUCGGUGCUGAUGCAAAGUCGAUCCCGGUGAACGAGAUAUCCCUGCCGAAUCUGCAGCUACCGAUGGAGCUGCCGUUCAACGAGCAAUUCUCUCUGUUCGUGCCCAAGCAUAGGAAAAUGGCGGGCAAACUUAUUGACAUAUUCAUGGGUAUGAGGAAUGUUCAAGAUUUGAUAUCAAUAUGUUCGUACUGCCAGCUACGUAUCAACCCUUAUAUGUUCAACUACUGUCUGUCGGUUGCUAUUUUACACAGACCUGAUACUAAGGGGUUAGAUAUACCAACUUUUGCUGAAACAUUUCCUGACAAGUUUAUGGACCCUAAGGUCUUCCGUCGCGCACGAGAGGUCAGCACAGUGGUUACUGCAGGCGUGAAGAUGCCGAUAACAAUUCCAUUGAACUACACCGCAUCGCCGUCUGAACCGGAGCAGCGUGUGGCGUACUUCCGCGAAGACAUGGGCAUAAAUCUUCACCAUUGGCACUGGCAUCUGGUCUAUCCUUUUGAUGCCGCAGACCGCGCUAUUGUCAACAAAGACAGAAGAGGAGAGCUCUUUUAUUACAUGCAUGAGCAGAUCAUUGCCAGAUAUAAUACAGAACGAUUGUGCAAUAAUUUGGGAAGAGUGAAACGCUUCAGCAACUUCCGAGAGUCCAUUGAAGAGGGUUACUUCCCCAAACUGGACUCGCAAGUGGCCAGUCGAGCUUGGCCUCCCAGAUUCGAAGGUUCAUCAAUUCGAGACUUAGACAGACCAGUCGAUCAAAUUAGGAGUGAAGUUGCAGAACUGGAGACUUGGAGAGAUCGUUUCCUUGAAGCUAUACAGAACAAUGCUAUUCUACUGCCAAACGGCAGUCAAAUGGCUUUAGACGAAGAAACAGGCAUAGACGUGCUCGGUAACCUCAUGGAAUCAUCUAUCAUCAGCCGCAAUAGAGUGUACUAUGGAGAUCUGCAUAACAUGGGCCACGUGUUUAUCUCUUAUUGUCACGACCCUGACCAUCGUAACUUGGAACAAUUUGGGGUUAUGGGUGAUUCAGCUACUGCCAUGCGCGACCCUAUAUUUUACCGUUGGCACGCAUAUGUUGAUGAUUUGUUUACCAUGUACAAGAGCAAAUUACCACCUUAUGGGGAUGACAAGUUGGAUUUCCCUGGUAUUCGCGUCUCAUCUAUUAGUAUCGAGAGUCCUGCGGGAGCUAAUACGUUUGCAACUCAAUGGGAACAGAGCACGGUGGAACUGAGUCGUGGCAUGGACUUUACGCCUCGUGGCAGCGUGCUAGCUCGCUUUACUCACCUACAACAUGAUGAGUUUGUCUAUGUGAUCGAAGUGAAUAACACCCUCGCUCAAGCCGCCACGGGUACUGUACGCAUAUUCAUGGCACCCACUGUUGACGAAAACGGAGCUCCUUUGUCCUUUGAGGACCAGAGACGUCUCAUGAUUGAAUUGGACAAGUUUACACAACCAUUGAAUGCGGGAACCAAUACGAUCCGUCGUAGAAGUGUCGAAUCAUCAGUGACCAUUCCAUACGAGCGUACGUUCAGAAACCAGUCGAACCGUCAGGGGACCGCGGGUACAGCACAAGCCGCUCAGUUCGACUUCUGCGGUUGCGGAUGGCCUCACCACAUGCUAAUACCUAAAGGCACGCCUGAGGGUUAUCCUGUGGUAGUCUUCGCUAUGGUCACCAAUUGGGAUGACGAUAAGAUUGAACAAGACCUAGUAGGAACCUGCAAUGAUGCCGCGGCAUACUGCGGCAUCCGUGACCGUCGCUAUCCGGACAAACGUCCUAUGGGAUUCCCCUUCGACCGUCCUGCGCCUGUUGGUAUACUAGAAGACUUCCUAAAACCGAAUAUGGCGAUUAAACAAUGCAACAUUCGCUUUACCGACGCCACUCGAGUACGCACACAGCAAGGGUAGGUUUAAAAUAAACUUUACCGUCGUUAAAAUUUACGCCGUCUUAACAAAAAUCAUACACAUUUUCGAGAUUUGUUACUGGCAACAUUAUUUUAGUUUCUGAUUUACAAACGGGUUUUUAUGGUUUGACUUGUAGGUGAACCUUUGGGAAAUUAUUUGAAAAAACAUCUAUAGUAGAUAUCAAUAAAUAUACAUAUUAGAUAUGUUGUUUUUGUAAAUAUGGCGUUUUAGACUGGUUUGACAGCUGUCAUUACGACAUUUGUAUGAGAACUAAAGAAACAGAUUAACAAAGUUACGUUUAAAAAUAUUUUUAUUCGGGAUUUUUUA